AUGAACAACAAAUUGAUGUUUGUUAACUGUCAAAAAUGUGGUGAAGAUUUCGUUCGAGAAGAGUGUCAGCAUUCUAUUCAAGAAAGAAGCCUAAAAGGAACUUGGGUGAUAGAAGAGGCGCUCAAAGCUAUUGAAAAAGGUUACCAGAUUAUAGAGACUUACGAAAUAUGGGAAUACGAUACAAUUCAGCUCAGUAAAGACCAAGAGGGGUUAUUUAGCGGAAUGAUGAACAAGUUUCUACAAAUAAAACAACAAGCUUCAGGAUGGCCCAAACAUUGCUUAACGGAUGAAGAAAAAAACCGUUAUAUUGAUGCAUUUUUGGAUAGAGAAGACAUAAAGCUGGAAUUUUCAAAAUUAUAG